CCAGAGAGAAGGAAAGAAACACAAGAACUUAACCAAAUAUGCUCAAAAUUCUUUUAAGCCACUAGCUAGCUUCAAAUUUUUUAUGCAUAUAUUUGCCGUACAGUUAUUUAUUUGAGUUAAACUACAUUUUUGAAUACUACUAUACUGUGUGAUUAAGCUUCAUUCAUAAGCAAGCAUUGAUACAGGACUUAGAAUUGAUGUAUUAUUCAUGGAAAUAAUGGAAGAAGUAAAACCCUCAAAUUCACAAGAAAAAGAGAGUAAUAAAGAAUUGAAAGAAAGGGUUUGGGCAGAAUCAAAGAAAAUAUGGAGGAUUGCAUUUCCUUCCAUGUUGACAAAGAUUACUCAGUUUGGAAUGCUUGUAGUAACACAGGGAUUCAUUGGACACAUUGGAGAAGUAGAACUUGCAGCUUUUGCACUUGUUCAGAUCAUCACCGUACGGUUUGUACAAGGAAUAGUGCUAGGCACGUCAAGUGCAACAGAGACCCUGUGCGGGCAAGCAUUUGGAGCAAAACAAUAUCACAUGAUGGGCAUCUACUUGCAGCGAUCAUGGAUCAUUAAUAUUUCUACAGCAACAGUCCUCCUUCCUGUCUUCAUCUUCUCAUCUCAAAUCUUCAGACUACUUGGUCAGGAAGAAGAUAUAGCUAGAAAAGCUGGAAAUAUCUCCCUUUGGUUCAUACCAUCUAUCUACUCUUUGAUAUUUAACUUCACCAUGGAGAAGUUCUUGCAAGCUCAGCUCAAGAACACAAUUGUUGGGUGUCUUUCUGCUAUCACAUUUGCGCUUCACCUGCUCUUGUCAUCGAUCUUGCACAUCAAACUAAACCUGGGGAUCCCUGGUGCUAUGGGUGCAAUGAUUAUAUCAAAUUGGUUGGUUGUAAUAGGAGACUUUGCGUAUAUUUUUGGUGGCAGGUGUCCUAAAACAUGGAGAGGUUUCACUCUAGCUGCCUUCUCUGAUUUAGUCCCUAUAUUAAAGCUCUCAUUAUCUUCAGGCUUGAUGCUUUGCUUACGCCUAUGGUACACUGCAGCUUUAGUCUUACUUUGGAUAUAUGAAAAAUGCCAAACCGCAAUAUCUGCUUUCUCCAUCCGUAUCCAUAUCACGACUUGGGAUGGAAUGUCGUAUGCAGGCUUCAUGGUCGCUACUGUUGUGCGGGUUUCAAACGAAUUGGGAAAAGAAGAUGCCAAAGCUGCAAAAUUCUCCAUUAAAGUGAACUUGACAACUUCAUUUUGCAUUGGAGUUUUCCUCUGCAUUAUGUGUUUGUUGUUUGGCCAGAAAAUUGCUCACUUGUUUACCAGUAAAAAGGCAAUAGCAGAAUAUGUGUCAAGCCUUUCUCUCCCUCUUGCUUUCUCCGUUCUACUCAACAGCAUUCAGCCAAUUUUUUCAGGGGCAGCAGUAGGUGCUGGCAGGCAAAGUGUGAUUGCUAUUAUGCUGUUGGUGUGCCAAAUUCCUUUGAUAUCUUUUUCAAACAAAGCAAAGUGCAUUCUAAAAUAA